AUGGUUCGCCCAAACUCGUUCGCCAUGGUUGUUGCUGCAAUCAUCGGUGUCCCGUUGGUCGAGUCUCACACCUGGGUUGAGCAGCUCAACCGCGUCGCUGCCAACGGUACUCUCGUUGGUCCCGAUGGCUUCUCUUCUGGAUGGGCUGGUCGCGAGGGCAACUUCAACGACAAUGCCUACACUAUGCGUAUGCCGGAUAUGGGCUUCAAUUUGUGCGAGAAGCAGACUCUUGGCACCCAGGCCAAAGGCUUCCCAGCCUUGACCGCUGCUCCUGGCGACUUCGUCUCCCUUCGCUACCAGGAGAACGGUCACGUCACUAUUCCCAGCGCGCCUGGAGACAAGCCCCUCAAUCGUGGCACUGUCUUCGUCUAUGGCACCACCCAGCCCAAGGUGGACGCCAGCCUCUUCGAUGUUCAUCGCCAGUGGACUGCCGACGGCAAGGGUGGCGAUGGCACUGGUCGUCUCUUGGCUACUCGCAACUUUGACGAUGGUCAGUGCCACCAGGCCAAUGACCAUCCCAUUUCCAAGGAGCGUCAGGCCAAGUUCCCGCACGAGGCUAUUCAGCCCAUGGGCGUGAAUAUUUGGUGCCAGACAGCCAUCCAACUCCCCGAGGACCUGGCCCAGAACUCCGACUACUCCAUCUACUGGGUCUGGUCCUGGCCGACUCUCAAGCCGGAUGCCAUUGCCAAGUCCAGCGAUGGCCAGUUCGCCGACUUCCCCGCUGGCUUCACUGAGGACAAGCGCGCUGUCACCUCUGAGGAUGUCGUGCACGCUGAGGUCUACUCCAGCUGCAGCUCCAUCAAGAUCCAGGGUGAGAAGCUUGUAGCCGGCGCCAAGGCUUCCUCGAGCUCCAGCAAGUCUACCAACGAUCUGUCUACGUUCACCUUCCCUGAGAAGCAAGACUUCAACUACAAUGCCAUCAAGGACCAGCUCGCCAAUGCCUUCCAGGUCAGCGUCAAUGGCCAGGCCGCCCCCAACAACUCGGCCCCCAACAACGGUACUCAGAGCAGCGCUCCGGUUGCCACUCACACUCCGACUCCCACUGCCCCAGCUGGAGCCGCCAGCGACACCAACAACGCUCAUGUUCUCGUCGUCACGGCUCCUGCUAUGACCCUUUACUCAAUUCUCACCGUCACCGUCCCUGCUCAGUUGCCUCCCACCCCGACUCCCACCGGAGGUCAACAGGCUGCUGAAGCUAGCGUCACCCCAUUCCUUCAGGGCCGUCACAUCAGAGGUAGAGACUCUUGGAACUUCGGCCAGCGCAACUAA